AUGCCUGGUAUCGACCCGAACAUCAUAUGUCACCGACUCUACGUCAACCCUGCCUGCAAACCAGUGGCGCAGAAGAGGCGCAACUUCGCACCCGAGCGGGUCGCCAUCAUCGAAGCCGAGAUUGAUAAACUCCUAGCCGCUGGCUUCAUUGAAGAGGUCUCCUACUCGGAGUGGCUCGCUAAUGUUGUUCUGGUGGCAAAACAAGAGAAGGGAAAGUGGAGAGUUUGCGUCGAUUACACCGACCUCAACAAAGCGUGCCCAAAAGACAACUUCCCAUUGCCAAGAAUCGACCAACUAGUGGAUUCCACUUCUGGCAAUCAGCUACUCAGCUUCAUGGACGCCUACUCCGGCUACAACCAAAUCUUGAUGCACGAGGAUGACAAGGCGAAAACUUCUUUCAUCAUCGAGAGAGGGACCUACUGCUACAAGGUCAUGCCUUUUGGGCUGAAAAACGCCGGAGCAACCUACCAAAGACUGGUGAACAAAAUCUUCAAGGAGCAGAUCGGCAAAACUAUGGAGGUGUACGUGGACGACAUGCUGGUCAAGGCCCCAAAACGUGCAGAUCACCUCAAAAACCUCGCUGAGGCAUUCAGCCUGCUCCGCCAGUAUCGCAUGAAGUUGAACCCAAGUAAAUGCACAUUUGGUGUAUCCUCCGGCCGAUUCUUGGGAUACUUAGUCACACAACGAGGUAUCGAGGCACACCCACGUCAGAUCAAAGCUAUUCUAGAGAUGAAGUCGCCUUCCACAGUGAAGGAAAUACAAAGUCUGACGGGCAGAGCAGCGGCCCUCAACCGGUUCCUCUCAAGAUCAACCGACAAGUGCAAACCAUUCUUCAAAGCUUUGAAGAAAGGACAAAGAGACAAAUGGGAUGAGGAGUGCGAAGUAGCUUUCCAGAGUCUCAAGGCUUAUCUCACUUCACCUCCCCUGCUUUCAAAGCCAGUCCCUGGUGAGGACUUGUUCGUGUACCUGGCAGUGUCCAACUCAGCUGUCAGCUCAGCUCUCAUCAGAGAAGAGCUGGGGGCCCAACAUCCGGUAUUCUACACGUCAAAAGCUCUCCUCGAUGCAGAGACUCGUUACCCAAAAUUGGAGAAACUCAUUUUGGCUCUUGUAGUUUCUGCGAGAAAGCUACGACCCUACUACCAAGCUCAUCGAGUCAUCGUCAUGACCGACUUUCCUUUGAGAUCAAUCCUUCAUAGCCCUGAUGCCUCUCAACGACUCAUGAAGUGGGCUAUAGAGCUAAGCCAAUAUGACCUCAUCUACCGGCCAAAAGCUGCAAUAAAAGCCCAGGUUUUAGCUGACUUCGUAGCGGAGUUCACCCCAUCGGCCGAAGAAGAGAAAAUGGUCAACGAAAAGAAGGAAAGUUCAAAAGCAGACAGGACCCCCGCUGAACCUAGUCAACCUAGAGACACGUGGCAGUUGCGGGUAGAUGGAGCGUCAAACCAGAAAGGAGCUGGAGCGGGUGUCGUCAUCAUCACCCCAGACGGAACCUUGUUGGAGCAAGCUAUCACGCUUGGAUUCCCGGCCUCGAACAACGAGGCAGAAUACGAGGCAUUGCUCGCCGGCCUGCGCUUGGCAAAGGAACUCACUGAUAAUGGCUCACAGUUCAUUGGCAAGCAUAUCACCGCCUUCUUUGCGAAAUACAAGAUCAAACAACACCUGUCAACUCCGAGGUAUCCACAAGGAAAUGGGCAGGCCGAGGCAUCCAACAAAGUCAUAUUGGACUGCUUGAAGAAAAGGCUAGAAGGCGCCGAAGGAAAAUGGGUGGAUGAACUCCCUGGAGUACUAUGGGCUUAUCGCACCACCAAGCGAAGGUCAACUGGUGAAACCCCAUUCUCCCUCGCCUAUGGGACGGAAGCAAUCAUCCCUCCUCACAUCACAGUCCCCUCUAUAAACCUCGAGGUGGGCAGUGUUGACCAGAACUCCAAGCAAAUGAGGCUCAACCUUGACCUACUUGAGGGCGAACGUGAGAAGACCAUUAUCCGAGUCGCCUCCUACCAGCAGCAGUUGAAGUCGUACUACGACAAAAGAGCUAAGGUCAGACAGUUUCAACCAGGCGACCUCGUGCUAAGAAAGGCUUUCAUCACCGCACCAAGACAAGGGUCGAAAAAGAUGAAUCCCAACUGGGAAGGCCCUUAUGUGAUCAGCCGGUCCGGGGGCAGAGGAAGCUACACAUUGGACACCAUGGAUGGGAAGCAAAUACCACGACAAUGGAAUGUUCACCAUCUCCGAAAUUUCUCAUUCCAAAAUGUCUUAUCUGCCUACAAAACACAAGCAGUUGCCCAUAAGCAGCGUCCUAAGGGAGACGCAGGGCGACGACCAAAGCGUCCUUCGGGAGACGCAGCCCGUAAAAAGCGUCCUAAGGGAGACGCAGGGUGCGCCAGGAAUUUCUUAAAAGAAGGUCUCCAUGCCUUCUGCGGGAAGUAUCCAGGUUCCUAUCCGUUUCCUAAGGGAGGCAGGAUAGACACGCAGUUGCCCAUAAGCAGCGUCCUAAGGGAGACGCAGGGCGACGACCAAAGCGUCCUUCGGGAGACGCAGCCCGUAAAAAGCGUCCUAAGGGAGACGCAGGGUGCGCCAGGAAUUUCUUAA